UAUUGCACUAGUAGAACAAACAUUGCUUGGUUUAUGCCUAUAUGUCCCUAUAUGUUUACAUACAGAAUAAAUAAUAUUUUAAUAUUAUUUGUGUAGAAUUACAAUAAAAUCAUAAUAUUCAAUUGAGACAAAGCAGCUCAUUUUGGACUUGAGCUUUAAAUAAUGUGUGACAUCAGUGUUUUGUCAUUAAAAUAGAGGAAAGUCACAACUACACAUUUAGUCAUAAAAGGCUCCGCAAAUAUCAGCAAGUAUAUGUUUUCAGGUAGUUCACUUAUUAGUGUGAACUUAUUAGUGUGAACUUAUUAGUGUGAACUUAUUAGUGUGAACUUAUUAGGGAGCAACUAAAACAAAUGGAAUAGGACAGAAGGCUGGCUAUGACGUUCGGCUGAGGAGGAACACCAGGCGGCAGAGCACGAGGCAGAACCUGAGGAGGAAUGCACUGUACAAGAAAGACUGAAUGGCAAAAAGACUGAUAAGACGAAAACAACUGAGUCCACAGCAAGAUGCUGAGAUUCACAUCAAAAACAAGACAGACAAACUGGGUCUUGAGGAGAGAUUUAUUAGCUCUUCUAAAGGACGAGGUGUAUUUGCGACUGCCAACUUUUCCAAAGGAGAUUUUAUCCUGGAAUACAGAGGCCAACUCUUAACACAAAAUCUCAUUCAAAACAUUAAUUCAGGAACAGUGUUUAUUGUUGAUUUUCAAUGGAGAGGGAAGUACUGGAGUGUGGAUGCAUCUGUUGAAGACAAAUCUUUAGGGAGGCUUGUAAAUGAUGAACACAAGAAACCAAACUGCAAAAUAAAAGUUGUUGAAGUAGAUGGAAUGCCAACCCUGUGCUUAUUUGCACUUAGAGAUAUUUUACCAGGAGAAGAAAUUAACUAUAAUUAUGGGGAUUCAGAUUGGCCCUGGCGCAAACAGGUUAAACCAGAAGCUUCCACUGCCAAGACUCUUCAGAAGCCUCUUAUAACUACAGGGGAAGAGAACUAUCCUGUGAAGUGUGCAAAGAGAGCACUGACUGCUAGCAGAGUUCAAGAAAAGAGAGAGGCUCCCAGGAAGUCUUUCACAAUUAUGGAGAGUGAGGAACAAGGAGAACACACUGUUUGUUGUAUCCAGAAGAGCCCUGAGACAGACUGCUCUUCCUGCCCAGUUAUAGACGAGGACAGUUCACAGGACAAGCCUUUGGGUGCUGCAGAAAACCAGAUGUAUGCAGAAACUCCCAUGAGUCACAUUGUGAGGGAUAAGCAGACCGUUUCUUCACGUCAGACAAAAGGAAGGACUAGGUCACUCGAAAGGCCUCUUGGAAUUACAGAGCGUAAGGAACAAGGAGAACACUCUGUUAGUUGCAUCCAGAAGAGCCCUGAGACAGACUGCUCUUCCUGCCCAGUUAUAGACGAGGACAGUUCACAGGACAAGCCUUUGGGUGCUGCAGAAAACCAGAUGUAUGCAGAAACUCCCAUGAGUCACAUUGUGAGGGAUAAGCAGACCGUUUCUUCACGUCAGACAAAAGGAAGGACUAGGUCACUCGAAAGGCCUCUUGGAAUUACAGAGCGUAAGGAACAAGGAGAACACUCUGUUAGUUGCAUCCAGAAGAGCCCUGAGACAGACUGCUCUUCCUGCCCAGUUAUAGACGAGGACAGUUCACAGGACAAGCCUUUGGGUGCUGCAGAAAACCAGGAACAAGGAGAACACUCUGUUAGUUGUAUCCAGAAGAGCCCUGAGACAGACUGCUCUUCCUGCCCAGUUAUAGACGAGGACAGUUCACAGGACAAGCCUUUGGGUGCUGCAGAAAACCAGAGAACCUGCUUCAUUCAGAAGAAUGUGACAUGUCAAGUGAUGAUGAUAAUGAUGACUAUGAGCCUGUAGACCCAGUGACAACAGAAUCUGUUAAGCCUGCAGUCCCAGCUACUGGUCCUGACACUUUGGCAUCUCCUGUAUCAGCUGUGACUCCCAAACAAGAUGCAGCAAGAAAGCCAAAACGUAAGUGGCAGGCCUCUGAGGUAUGUGCAGUAGAGCGGCAUCUGAUGAGAUACAUCCAAACUGGUAAAGUGCCUCAGAAGCUAGACUGUAUCCAAUGUUUACACGCAGAAUCCCACGCGCUCAGCGAUCGAUCAUGGACCGAUGUGAAAAAUUUUGUACGCAACAGGAGCAUCACCUUAAAGAAACAGUUCAGCUCAGCUUGUUAGGGCAAAAUUGUGUUAAUAUUGUUGGUGUAAUAUUUGUUCUGCAACACAUAUAAAGCAAGAUGUCAUAUUUAGCCAGAUAAUUAAACCUUUACUGAAUUUUACCAAAAGCUUAUUGAACAGAAAUCGUGUAAAGUAUGUGUACAGAUAUCUGGGUAACUUUUGUGAAAUACUCCCAGCUUUUUACUGUCGCAGUUUUGUAAUGAAAUGUAAUUCAGACAGACCCACAGCACUGUGCAAACGUCUUGUGGAUAACUAUUUAUCUUGGUAGUAUAGAGUUUGUACAAAUCAACAUUAACUUAAGAAUAAAUAUAAAUUGGCAUAAAACAAUUCUUAUUUAGUAGUUCAAUAAAUGAGGCACUGCUUGUGGAAUUUAACAGAUCCAGUCUUUUGACAGCACUAACUUCACUAUAACAAAUCCUGUAUAAUAAGUUUUGUUCUAACUAACAUAUCCUUAAAUUUACUAAACCAAAUCGGUGUUCUAACAACGUUUUUUUAAAUAACAUCUAUAAAUUCACUAAACCAAAUCGGUGUUCUAACGACGUUUUUUCUAACUAACAUAUCUAUAAAUUCACUAAACCAAAUCGGUUUUCUAACAACGUUUUUUUUAACUAACCUAUCUAUAAAUUCACUAAACCAAAUCGGUGUUCUAACGACGUUUUUUUUAACUAACCUAUCUAUAAAUUCACUAAACCAAAUCGGUUUUCUAACAACGUUUUUCUAACUAACAUAUCUAUAAAUUCACUAAACCAAAUCGGUUUUCUAACAACGUUUUUCUAACUAACAUAUCUAUAAAUUCACUAAACCAAAUCGGUUUUCUAACAACGUUUUUUUAACUAACAUCUAUAAAUUCACUAAACCAAAUCGGUUUUCUAACAACGUUUUUUUAACUAACAUCUAUAAAUUCACUAAACCAAAUCGGUGUUCUAACGACGUUUUUUUAACUAACAUAUCUAUAACCUUUUACUAAACAAAUCGGUGAUCAAACAGCGUUUUUCUAGCAUAGGAGUAACUAAACCAAACCUAACAGUAUUUCUUCUUAACCAACUUACCAGCAGCAUUACUGAACCAAACUGGUGUUCUGACGGCAUUCUUCUAACCAACAUAUCAGUAACAUUCUAUUAGCCAACAUAUCAAUAACUUCACUGACAAAUAACACAUUCUCAAGGCUCAAUACUGCGUUAUUCUUUAUUUGGAUUAAUUUUUUAUUGAUUAUUUGUAUUAUUAUAAAUUUAUAAUGUCUUUUAUAGUCAACAUGUUUUACAUGACAUCCUAAUACUUUUGCACAGACCUGUUGGUUUAUUAUUAUUAUUAUUAUUAUUGUUAUUAAUGUUAUUAUUAUUGUUUUAUUUUUGCCAGUGAUUUUUGAUAUUGUAUGGCAUAUAUGUGGCAGCUUUGAAAGUAAAGAUGCUUGUAAUCAAAUAUAAUUCAUAUUUCUGUUUUGUUUCUUUUGGAAGUUAUACAGCAGUGAACUGUGGCUUUCAAUGAUAGAUACAUU